AUGGCACCUGAGUCUAUGCAGAUCGCUCGUUUCAAGGCUGCUCUUGCUCUUCUCCGUUCCCAUUGCAAAAAUGGUGUUUACCUUCCUACCAUUCCUGCUGUACUUCUGGUUCUCAAAGAUGGCAGUCCGGACUUCGACGCCAUCCUAAUUAUCGACAAGGAGAACCUUUGGUUCUUAGAAGGGAUUAUGCCUCUCUUCGAUAACAAGGAGCGCUUCAUGAAGGCCUACCAGGAAGACCCGUCACUUCUUCGUGAGGGAGCCUUUGGUGCCCGGCGGGAUUGUCAGAACCGGAAACUCCUGCUUGAACUCCUGCAUGGUUCUAAACCUCCCGACAACACAACUCUUCCUGGACGUGCGACUGGUUGGAUUCACGCUGACCGAGAGGAGAAGCAGGCUGCUGCGGCUGCUGCCACAGCUGCGGCUAAUGCUCAGGCUGCUGCUUCCUCUCAGUCUUCUUCCAAGCCCUCCGGGUCUCUCCCAAAAUUAUCCUUCAAGAAGACUGGAAAAACUGUUAAGUCCAAGGCAACUGUUGGUCUUGACACCGAUCCCGAGACCAUCCUGGUUGACGAGGAUGUCCAGAUGAAGACUGGGGAGGAAAGUAUCGUUGUUGACCUGGAUAGCGACGAGUCUGACAGCAUGAGCGUCGCCGGAGAAGUCCCAGCUAAGCCAACGAAUCGAGGAUGCACAACUCGUAAGCGUCGUCCUCGCCUUUCCAAGCGGGCUGCUAGUCAUUCGCCUCAGGCUACCCCGCGUACCGCUACCCAGGACAAGUGCGAGGCUUGUCACGAGGAAUCCCAUGGUCUCUCUCUCUGCGCGACGGUGAUUGCUAUUCCUUACUGUGAUGUUCUUGGACUCAAUACCUCUGAUCCAUCUUAUCGCAAGGCGGUCGAGGUUCUCGAGAAGCAAGACCGGGCCUUAGCUGAGCGUGGAAACAAGCGUAUCUGUACCGAUAUGAAUACCCUGGCACGUCAUGGCGAGUUGGGCACUCAUCAUGUCUUGUUUCCCAUUGCUGCCUGGGCGACUCAAUUCGAUCUCCAGGCCAAGCAUGAUUCGUUGGAGGAGGCUCUCAAGAUCUUGGCCAGCUGUCACUCCCAUGUUGAUUCCUUGGAAGGUCUUCAAAUCCGUCAGCGCCAGCUCCAGGCUGAUCUCGAGCUCCUGGUUCACUGCUUGGAAUCGACGGUCGUUGCUCACAAGUUCUGUGUCAACAAACUCAGUGUUAUCGACGCCAAGAUCGACAGGAUGAUCUCUUAG